AUGCCUCGCCAGCUCACCAUCAGUCCAGCACCAUUCAAGUCCUCCCACCUCGCAAUCCCACCCACACCCUUCUCUCCCCUCCUCCCGAUCUCUCCACCGCCUCAUAUGCAGAAAUUCUCAAAGCCCACCAACGACAACUCGAAGCUCAAAGCCACUGCACAACUGCAACCACCACCCCCUGAGCCUCUCCACUGGCUCUGGCAAUGCCACCGCUGUAACCGCGUCUACCAACUCGGCGUAACCCGCCGCUGCCUCGACGACGGCCACUUGUUCUGCGCCGGCACCACAGUCGUCAAACGCAGCAAGAGAAACGGCUACAAGAAAACCCUCCGCCACCAAGCCUGCGCCAGCGAGUUCGACUACCAAGGCUGGAAAGCUUGGGGCAAGUGGAGACGGCAGCUUCAGGAACAGGCCGAUGCCGCGGACGCUUUGAUGAACGCUGAGGCGGCUUUGAUGGAGGCGUUCAACGUUCCCGCCGUGCCGGAUGAGGGAAGGUGGUUCAGCGGCGUUUGGAGCAGGAAACCUACUGCCACGACAUCGACGUCGUACCUGACCUCGCCAGAACUCAUGAUGGGCCGCUUCUGGGAGAAACCGAAGAAGGAAUGCUGGGGGAAAUGUGAUUAUCCCAGUGAAUGUCGAUGGGGCAAGCAAUUCGGUGUUCAAGACGAUCCGAGCCCUUCGUCCACUUCCACAUCGACGAGAAGCAGAACGACCUCCACUACCGUCCCUUCCUCGCCACCGCCGACGACAUCGCCAGCUGCGAGUGAUAACAAAGAGAAUGUCCCAACGACUACUUUAGCCAUCCCUGAAGCGACCACGAAGGGUAGUGGGAACAGCAACACAACCUUCGACGACAUCCUCCUAACAAUCUCAGACCCUCACUCCUCCGACUACCUCGAACCUCUCGUUCCCGCCAAGCCCGCCAAAUCUACGAAGUCUCUCACCCCCACGGAAGAGAAGACUACACUCCCCUCCAUGACGGAUCUCCUUGAAAGUUCUAAACGUCGUAAGCGUAAGAGUAUGAGCGGUAUCCCGCUGGUUCCUAGUCCGCUUGGCGCUAACCCGGUGGAGGAGGAAAGGCCGAGUUUGAGUAGAAGUGGAAGCGAGACGGGGAAGGAGAAGGGAUUGAAGAAGAAGACGAGUGAAGGUGCGUUGGGGAGAGCGGCGGAUGAUCUCGAGGUGGAAGUGAGGAAGGGGUUGGGGAUUAGAGAGAGGGCUGAGGGGGUUGUGGAGGGGUUGAGGUAUGUUAGGGGGAGGUUGGGGAGUGGGAGUUUGUGA